AUGCUUCUGAUCCGGGCUAGACUGGAUAUGCCUGUGCUGGACUGGACUACCAACACUUCAACUGUUGUAAAUCGAUACCAACGUUCGAGUUUGGCAGAGCUUCAAUCUAUUUCAAGCCCUGUAAGGCUUUUUGAACGGGCAAAAUUGGGACCUCUUCAGUCUGGAAGGGGCAGAAGUGGCUGGACUUGA